AUGAUCAUGCAGUCUAAAGAUCGGCAACCGUCAUUGCCGGCUACAACGAGCAUUCAUGAUACGGGAAAGGAAGACCCUGGAAAGUCGACCUUGCAGACGCCAGACAUGUCGGCUACGACAUCUUCUACAAUAGACAUAGAGCAUGUCCCGGUGGCCAACGAUCCUCGGCAGUGGUCUUCCUUGCGUAAAAACCUAAGCUUGUUUCUUAUCUCAGCAGCCUCUUUAAUUGCGGGUCUUGCCAACAACGUACAGAACCCUGCUGUUCAAGAAAUGGAAGCAGAUCUACCUGCUACGAGUGCUCAAUUCAGCUUGAGCCUUUCGAUUUUCAUUCUGGUUCAAGGCCUUAUGCCUUUGGUAUGGAGCGCGAUUAGCGAAGUGAAAGGCAGAAAGCUGGUUUAUCUUGUUUCUCUCGCCCUCUUCACAUUGGGUUCUAUUGUUGUAGCUCUAAGUAAAAGCAUAGGGUUGGUGAUAGGCUUUCGAGCGCUUCAAGCUGCAGGAUCCAGUGCAGUCAUUGCUAUUGGCGCUGCGACGCUCGCAGAUAUUUUUGACCCUGCAGAACGGGGAACAAAGAUGGGUGUAUACUACAUGGCGCCUCUCCUUGGCCCCGCCAUAGGACCCAUUUUCGGCGGGGCGCUCACCACGGGAUUUAAUUGGCGUGCAAUUUUUUGGUUUCUUUCCAUUGUCUCAGGAUCCAGCUUUCUUGCGUUCUUGUUUUUCUUUCGGGACACUUUCCGCCGCGAGCGAAGCCUUACAUACCAGAAUGCCAUGAGGCAGCGUAUGCGGAUCAGUCCUACGAGUUCGCCAACGCCUUCAAAUGUUACCUACACCAACCAUUCUCUCCCUCGCAUGGGUGAGAAGAAAAAAACAGCGACCAUUCAAAAGAAGAAAGAGUCCGACGUGCAGGCACUCCCAAUAGCGAAGCUUUCGCUUAUGGAUGUUAAUCCAUUUAAACCCAUACUACUCGUCGUUCGCCGCGUCAAUAAUUUUGUGAUUCUCAUAGCGUCUGGUCUCACGUUCGCAUUUGGCUUUCUUGUCGCGUAUACAUCCGCACGGAGUCUAAGCAUGCGGUACCACUACGGGCCGAUGAAGAUUGGGCUCGUGACACUCGCUUAUGGACUAGGAUGUCUUGCGGGUAGCGUAUUGGGUGGACGUUGGUCGGAUAGGUCAUUGUCGUUAUUGAAGGCGGCGAACGGAGGGAAGAGUUCCCCUGAAAUGCGCUUAAAGAGCACAUACCUAGGCGUGUUCCUUUUGCCCCCAAGUAUACUGGUUCUUGGGUGGUUAUACCAAAAGAAAGUACAUGUCUCCGCCAUUUGUGUAUUUCUGUUUGCUUGUGGGUUUUUCUCGAUAUGGACGUACACGAGCACGAUAGCUUACAUCGUGGAUGCGAACAAUGGGCGUUCGUCGACGGCCGUUGCAACCAAUAGUGCAUUCAGAGGAGUCAUGGCCUUCAUUACGACAGAAGUUGCUGUCCCUCUUCAGGACGGAGUGGGUGAUGGUUGGAUGUACACCAUAUGGGCUCUGCUAAUGCUCUCCGGAGGCAUGCUUAUACUCCUAGUUUCUUGGAAAGGGGGGAGGUGGAGAGAGCAGGCGCAGGCGCGAGAGGUGGAGAACUCAGAGGCGACUUGA